CACACGGAGGCGCCAAGGUGAAGGCAGCGGUGCGCAUCGGCAAGCAGUGAAGCCCAGGGCUCGACCGACGGACGUUACCGUAGGACGUCGCUACAGCCGGUGUGACGCGUUCGGGGGUCGCGUGUCGCGGACGGCUGACAAGAGAGCCGCCAGCCGACACAGCCAGUCUCGGCUGAGCCGACCGAGAACGCCCGGCCGUUGGAGCAGGUCACAUCGGUGUGGCGCGUGGUGUCUGCCAGCAGGGGGGACGACCAGCGGGAUGCGGCUGCUGCGCGUGUGGGCGGUGCUGGCGGCGGCGGCGGCCGGCCACCUCUGCCUCGCCUCCGCCUCCGUCGACCUGUCCUGCGACUGCCGCCUGUGGCGGCGCCGCGACGCCUCCGUCAGCCUCCACUGCGCCAGGGCAGCCCACAAUGGAGCCCCUAUGGUGUAUUGCCACAAAGCCGAGGUGCCGGAGAUCCCGCCGGGCUACCACUACCUGCGGGGCUACGCUCUCAUCAAGCUGCACCGCACGCUGAAGCCGUGGUCGGCGGCGAAGAAGACCUGCGAGCAGGAGGGCGCGCAGCUGGCCUCCCCGACCAACCGCCUCGCCUUCGACGGGCUGAAGCAGAUGUUCGUCAAAGUGCCAGGUGUGCACUGGGGCAACCUCGGAAUCACCGACCAGUCCGACGAAGGUGUAUUCGUGGGAAUGGAUGGUCGCCCCGUGUCGUACAUACCGUGGAAGGCUUACCAGCCCGACAACAACGGAGGCAACGAGAACUGCGUCGACUUCAACAGCGCCGGAGAGUCGAACGACGUGGUGUGCGAGAACAGGGCGCCCUUCUUCUGCGAGCGCCGGCUGCCGGUGGCCGUGCCGCACGACUACGAGUGGCUGCAGGAGGCAGGCCGCUUCUACAAGGUGCACGCGCAGCGGCUGGGCCACGCGGCGGCGGCCAGCACGUGCCGCUCCGAGAACGCGACGCUCGCCGUCACGGACACGUGGCGCCGUGGAGAGGCCCUGCUCAGCCUGUUCGACCUCGACCACGAUACCUUCCAGCUGUACCUGGUAGGCUUCACGGACGAAGCUAACGAGGGGGACUUCGUUACCGAAACGGGCAGGCACCUGGACGACAUGGAGUUCCAAGUGUGGGACGUGGGCGAGCCGAACAACGGCGACGGCGGCAGGCCGGAGGACUGCGUGGCGCUGGCGCGGCGCGGCUACUACCGCGACGAGCCCUGCGACCGCCAGCUGCCCUUCGUCUGCGAGAUAGUGCCCUAGUGAGCGCGACUCAAGUCGCGUAACUCAAA